GGUAAUUUUUGACAUGUUGAUUUCUGACCAAAUCCAUACAUAUAAAACUGGUAUGGAAGUUGCGCAAAACUUGUUUCUUUGAUUUUUAUUUUUAUAUACACAAAUAAUAAUUAUUAAUAAAAAAAAAAAUAAUAAUUAAUUUGUUAAAUAUAAUAUAGAGAUUAGGAAAAAAAUAUUUAAUGGCGGACGACGAGCAAGACCCUAAGGAAUAUCGGUGGGAGACGGGUUACGAGAAAACAUGGGAGGCUAUAAAAGAAGAUGAAGAUGGUUUAGUGGAAGGUUUAGUGGCAGAGUUUGCACAAAAAGCUGCCCGUAAGGCUGCAGCGCCUCGACGUGGUCCCAUCAGGCUUGGUAUGAUGAGACAUCUCCUUGUAGCCAUAGAUUGUUCUGAUGCUAUGAAUUCACAGGAUUUAAAACCAUCAAGAUUUCUAUGUACUUUGAAGCUCUUGCAGAAGUUUAUUGAAGAGUUUUUUGAUCAAAAUCCUUUAAGUCAACUUGGCGUAGUAGCAUUGAAGAACAAAAGAGCUGAGAAAAUAACUGAUCUGUCAGGCAAUGUGAGAAAACAUAUAAAAGCCGUGGAGAGUUUAUCAAGUAUAGCUUUGGUCGGUGAGCCAUCUUUACAAAACACACUUGAAUAUGCAGGGAGGGUUCUGAGACCAUUGCCAGCACAUGCAUCAAGAGAACUCCUAGUAUUAUUUGCAUCACUUACAACUUGUGACCCUGGUGAUAUAAAUACUACUAUUCAAGCCCUGAAAACAGAUGGAAUCAGAUGUUCUGUAAUUGGACUAGCAGCUGAAGUAAGAAUUUGUAAAAAAUUGUGUCAAGACACUGGUGGUGAAUAUGGGGUGGUUCUGGACGACGUGCACUACCGGUCGCUGCUGCUGGAGCGCACGAGCCCGCCCGCGCAGGCGGCGUCGCGGCCGCUGCACGCCGGGCUCGUCAAGAUGGGCUUCCCGCACUGUGCACCACCCGACGCCUCCUCCGACCCCGCCACCAACGCCGACCCACCUAUCACAUUUUGCAUGUGCCACUUAGAAGAGGGCGAAGGCGUGGGCGGUGAAGGUCACCUGUGCCCGCAGUGCCGCAGUAAGUACUGCUCGCUGCCGGCGCAGUGCCGCACCUGCGGCCUCACACUCGCCUCCGCGCCACAUCUCGCUAGGUCCUACCAUCAUUUGUUUCCAGUUGAGGCAUAUGAAGAGUUAAAAAAUGAAGGACAAGCCCAAUGUUGCUUCGCUUGCUUAAGAACAUUUACUGAUUUGGAUAAACAGAUAUACCGCUGCAACCGGUGCACGGAGUACUACUGCUGGGAGUGCGAGGGCGCGGUGAGCGGGUCGCUGCACGUGUGCCCGGGCUGCGCUUCACGCCCGCACCUCUACCAGCGCCUGCCCUCCGCCGACCCGCAGCCGCAGCCGCAGCCGCAACCGCAGCCGCAGCCGCAGCCGCAGCCGCAGCCGCAGCCCCAGUCCCAGCUCGUACAGCCGCUCGGCUGAACGCGUUCGAUCAUUGGGGAUGUACAUUAAUUAUAUGAGAUUUUUUUUCAAAUCGUUUUUUCUAUUUCGGUUUAAAUUUAGUGAGACGUGAUAAAAUCUUUUCAGCUAUGAUGAUUUUUUUUCAUACUUAUUUCUCUUCCUCUUUGGUUAGAUUUAGUGGGAUGUGAUAAGAUCUCUUCUGCCGUGAUGAUUUUUGCAAAUAUGUUUUUCUUCUUUCUCAGUUGAAUUUAUAAUAAGAUAAUUUUAUGAAUAUACAAUGCAAAUUUUAUUAUGUACUGUAUAUAUAAAUUUACCGAAAAAAAUGUAUAUAAAUGAGUAUAAAACUCAUACGUAAAUAUGUUGCGUGGUUCAGAAGUAAGCUGAGUAGCAGACACGCGAACAAGACUGUUUUAUACCCUUUAGUUAGAAGUUCACAUUCAGUCAGUCGGAACUAAAUUAUCAUUAUGUGCUCAUAAAUGUGAACUUCUACAAUGUUAUUUAUUGUAUAAAAUUGAAUUAAGAGAUUAAAUAAUUUUUUUUAAAAGAAAACAUGUAUAUUUAUUUAUUAUUUAUACAUAUAUAUAUUUUUAUCACAAUUUGUAAAAUUCUAUUAAUGUGAUUACAAAAUAAUUUCUUACUAAGUACACGCAGUUGGUUUACUACAUUAAAAUUACAUAUGUACUUAACGACACGACCAUUAAUAUAGAUCACAGAUAAAAAUCUCGUAAUACAAAAUGAUUUUCCCAUGUAUAUUCUGACACUGAACUUACGUAUCUAUGUAUACAGGCUGUAACGGAAAAGGUAUAACAAUAUGGAUAGUUUCUCCAAGGAACAUGGUGCGAUCAUGUGAUCGUAUUCACCUUUGUAUCGUUUAAGAAGAUAGACAUUUUCAAUUUUAUUGCCUUUUUUUUUGUGUAAGUUAAGCGAUAUUUUUCACCAAUACAGCGAUACUGAUUUUGAUAAUUUUUUUUGCCUUAAAUAUAUCUUACUCGUGUUAGUCCCAUAUAAAUUUUGUCAUGAUUAAAGUUUAUAUUUUGUUAAAUAAAUUUAUAAACACAAUUUCAUAUUGUGAGCCAUGUUUUUUAGAGAUAUAUAUCUUGUUUCACGAGUACUUAUCACUGGCAUUCAAAUUGUGAGACCCUUUCUCUUACAUCUGUAUAAUUUAACACAUAACGAGACAAAUACAAAUUGUAUUGUCAUUGUUAUCUGUAACAUUUAUAUUUUACUUAAAUGCACCA